AUGACUCUCGACAGACUCCCCCCCGGGACCCAGCGUAUUGAGGACAAAACAGGAGAGAAGAUUCUCCUUGCACCUCAGCCAAAUGCGGACCCAAAUCAGCCCCUAAACUGGUCGAAAUUCCGUAAGGCCCUGCAUAUGACGCUCCUCUGUUUCUAUGCCUUGAUGGUCUUUGCUAUUCUCUGCGUUGCAGUUCCCCUCUGGCAAGAUUUCAAUACCGAGCUCGGUAUGAGCUAUGCGGUCCUCAAUGAUGGCUAUGCAACCAACAUGGCCACCCUAUCUGUUGGAUGUAUCAUUUUCGUCCCCAUCGCUCUCCGCAUCGGGCGACGACCGGUCUAUAUCCUUACAGCACUGGUUAUGCUUGCUGCUGCAAUCUGGCAGGCCAAGAUGCGCACCGUGGGAGACAUGAUUGGGGCCAACGCCAUAUCUGGUCUCGCCGGCGCUGUCAACGAGGCCAUUUUCCAAGUCACAGUUUCGGACCUCUUCUUCGUCCACCAACGAGGCACCAUGAACGGAAUAUACCUCGUCGUCGUCAUCAUUGGCAACUACCUUGGUCCCGUAGCAGCGGGCUACGUCGCCGUCUCCCAAGACUGGCGCUGGUGUUUCUGGUACUGCACAAUCUUCAUGAGCAUCGUUACACUCGCCAUGAUCUUCCUCCUGGAAGAAACCAAAUAUACUCCGUUAGUCCUUGAGGGUCGCGAAGUGGUCGUUUCCACCACUCAAAAAGACCACCUUACCAAAGUCACCAGCUCUAUCAAAAGCGCACUGGGCUCUAUUUCCGUCGAUGCAACUGAGGCCGCUAACAACGACCGUCGCCGCCUUGUCGAGAUCGACGCUUCCAUCCCUAUGAACUCGUACUGGAAACGCCACAGGUUCUUCAGUCUCGACAAGCAAACUACCACUGAACGCCGCCGUCUCUGGAUGCAUUUCUACCAACCAUUCCAAAUCCUGUUCACUUUCCCUGCCGUCAUGUUCGCCGCGCUACAAUAUGGUUUUCUUAUCGCGAUGCUGGCCAUUCUCGCCGUUACACAGGCGACAUUAUAUCCAUUCCCACCGUACAAUUUCUCGCCAAUCGGCGUGGGUAACGUAUGUUCUCUCAAGCCUUGUCCCGUGUUGUCCGAGACAAUCAUUUUCUUCAUCCUUCCCUGGUUGUCAACCAAGCUAUUUCUCGCGAAAAUCGUGCACAUAUACAGUUUCAUGAAGCGUAAGGUUCAAGGGACCUUGUACAUCUUGAAACAUUACAUCUGCCAUUUCUCUAAUCUAUCAGACCAGAAUCCGACGUCCUUGAAUCCAUCAUAUGACCAGAUUGCUGACACGAGUUUUGGGGGAACAACAGAUGAACUUGCCCCCUGCUAUUGGUGCUGUGCUUGGCAGCUUAUUUGGAGGUCCUCUGAACGAUUAUUUCAUCUUACAAGUCGCGAAGAGGAGGAGUGGUAUAUACGAGCCUGA